UUCGAAUAUCGAAACGAAAUGAAAAUGUUUUUGUUAACGAUGUUGGCCUGUCUGGCGGCCGCUGUAUGCGCAGGACCCAGCCAAUCGCUCGGUGAAUCGAAACUGCUGCAGGCGAUGCGCAGCACCAACGCACUGCAGCAAAGCAAUCCGGCUCGCUCUAUAGAGUGUUUUCAGUACUACAGCGAGGUCUUCGAUCAGCUGCUGCAGCAGUACGAGGAGCAGUAUCAAGCCUGCGAAAAUGCCAGCGAAACUCAGCUUGCGACUCUCGAUUGGCUGUACGAGUCGAAACUGUCCGGCUUGAGCAACAAUGCUCAGUCCGCUUGCCAACUGAUUCAAAACUGCGAUAAUCUAACUGAUACCGCUUCAGCUCUAGCCUGUUACGCACAGGUGGGCACUGAAGAUGCCAAAGUUAUGUACAACAUUUCGGGCUCAGCCAGCCAGUAUAACGGCGAGUUCAAUCAGAAGAAGCAGGUGAUCGAGUACCAGCUCGAAGAGUGCUCGAAUGAGGCGAGACGUGCAUAUGAGGUUGACACGGAGCAGACCUAUGUCAGGCUGCAAGCCUGUUUAAUGGGCACAGAGCCGGUGCCAAGUACCACUACGGUUGGAACGAGUGCAUCUCCAGUAACCACAACAACUACGCCAGUUCCAAGCACAGCGGGAAGUAGCACGGCCGAUACUAGUUCGUCUCCGGUGAUUACAACGACAACGCCCGUUCCAAGCACCACCGCUCGUUCAUCAAAAGUGCCAAAAACUACAACAACAACAACCGAUAUUCCAGUUACAACAACUACAACAGGUGCUUACACGACCAGUUCGAUUCCAGUUUCAAAAAGCACUACAAUUGCAACAACUUCAACUUCCAGAAGACCCAUUUCAAGUAUAAGGCCCACUACAGCGCCAGUUCCGUUGACAACAACACCUGAAUCAGUAACAAAGACAACAGACUUCACAUCCACUCCCACUUCCAGUUCCACUCCCAGUUCCAGUUCCAGUUCCCAUACCACACCACCAGUUCCACUCGAUUCCACAACAGCAUCUCUUAUCAGCACAACACUUCCAGUUCCCCUCUCAAUGACAUCGGCUUUAGCUACAGUCAAGCCAACAGCUUCGGCCGCGCCCAGCCUCAGCUCAGAUCUUAAGAAACUGCUGCACUCGCUGCUACACUAGACAACAUGGUUUAUGUACUGCAUUAAAUAGGUAACGAGCUGACAAACCCUCGCUAACAUUGAAGUUGCAAAACUUUUGUAAUCUCUUUGGCGUGGAUGGGCUGGGUUGGGUUCGGUUCGUUGCUUGGUCACAGCAAAAGUAACAGUAAAAGGGAAAGUAAAGUAAAAGCAAUUUUAUGGAAAUGUUGGCCAAAUAUUGACAGAGUCCACACGGAUCAGGCGACAGUCGCAAUGGAAAAGUUCAGCUAAGCCAAUUGCAACUCUGCCAGUGUAACUUACAUAAUUAACGCUUGUAGAUGUUAACUAGUUUGGACUGAUGCGCCUGACCGACUUACCAGAUGCCCUGUUAACUGCUUCAAGCGAAGUGCCAGCAUAUCAAAAGUAUUU